AUGAAGCGUCGCGCGGUGCGCUUACUGAGCAGACGUUACGACCUGACGAAUACGAGUUACAAGUAUUUGGAAAUUGGAAUCAACGUUGGUCCACCGAGUUACGUGGAGAUCGCUCUGGGAGAUCAUCGCGGACACGAACUGUCGCUGUCUCUCGAAACGUGGAAGGACCUCUAUGAGCAGCGAUGGAAUAUUUACAAGAUGCUGCGAAACAAAUACAAGGACAAUUUUAUAAGCGUUGGGCCGCUAACCGUCAGAGUUUGCAAGCUGAAUGAUGUUACGCUAGUACGUCUCGAUUCUUCACAUGAUGAUAACCGAAACGACGCUAAACCGUAUGUUCAAGUUUGA